AUGCCUUCAAGUGUUCAUAUACCAGUACGGUAUCUCUUAUGGUUUGCUUAUUCAUUACCAGGUUUUGCUCUAUUUUCUUGUGUUGGUUUAUCUAUUAUAAAAGAUUUUGAAAAAUCUACACGUACACAUUGCAAUGUUUUUAAUUUUCUACCAUCUAUAUCUGCAUCAAUUGGUGAUUGUGAACCACAACGUUAUAUUUGGCGUUUAUGUUUUGCAUUAGAUAGUAUUCCUCGUUAUCUAAUUGCAUAUUUACAAUUAAUACGUUUAUUAAAUCGUCAUCAUAUAGGUUUACCAGAACUUUAUCCAUUUGUUCAAAUGUCAAAUAGUAUUAUACAUUUUCUUGAGCUUACAUUUCUUCUUCUACUAACAUAUAUAUCAUCAAAUGAAAUUAAAUGGAUACAUGAAUGUUCAUUUGUUGGUUUUAUGAUUUGUUCAUUAGUACAUAUGCUUCUAACGGUACUUAUUGAUUAUUUUUGGCCACGAACAAUCAAAUAUCUUCCAAGUGAUCAAGAAAGAAGUGCACGUUCAAAACGAUUAAAAUGGUUUAUUGUUAAUAUUAUGUCUUUUUUCAUUUCACUUUAUUUCUAUUUUCGACAUAACAGUGCUUGUGAAGCAAAUAUCUAUUCGAUGUAUUGUCUUUUUGAAUAUUUUGUUGUGUUAACAAAUAUUGCAUAUCAUUCUGUUGUUAUGGAUGAAUGGGAUCAACAAGGAGGACAAAUACAAAUUUUUUAUUAA